AUGGGAAUUGAUCGGAUGACGCUGGCUUUAUACAAUGCAGCAGUGGAGGGUAAACCUCAAAAUUAUUAUAAGGCUCUACAGCAGACCGCGACAGCUGUUGAAGACGAUGGCCUUCAGGUCAUGCCAAAUGGGAAUACUGUGCUACAUGUUGCAGCGCUACACGGCCGACAACAUUUUGUGGAAAAGAUACUAGAAGGGAAAGACCACUCAACCUCCUCGUCUUUGUUAUUUGCCCAAAAUAAGAAAAAUCAAACUGCGUUACAUUGUGCUGCGGAGAAAGGCAAUGCCAAUAUAGUCUCUAUCCUCAUCCAGAAGUCCAAGGAUGUAGAAUCUGGUACUGGAGCAACGAGGAGGAUGAUACAAAUGGCAGAUAAUGUCACGGACACGGCCUUACACAAGGCCGUGCGACUGGGACAUUUGGAUGUGGUCAAAUUAUUGGCUGAAGCGGAUACUGAAUUUGUGUAUCCUGCCAAUGAUGUUGGGGAGACACCCAUUUAUAUAGCAGCAAAAUCACAAUUCCGUGACUGUUUGGAGGAACUCCUCCAGAUAUGCAAGCAUCCUACUUAUGGUGGGCCGUUGGGUCAAAAUGCACUUCAUGCAUCAACAUUAUUUGGAUCUACAGAAUGCACAAAAUUACUAUUGAGGAGGGAGAUUUCUCUGUGCGAGAUGACUGAUGAUUCAGGUUGGACACCACUGCACUACGCCAUAAAAAAUAUUAGUUCAAGAACUGCCCGUAUGAUUCUUGAUCAAAAAAAAUCUGCAGCUUACAUUUACGCAGGCAAAGGUGAUGAAUGGACAACAGUAUUUCAUAUAGCAGCAAUGCUUGGAAGGGUUACAACAAUGAAAUACAUAUCAAAUAUCUGCCCAGAUAGUUGGAUGAUGGUUAAUAGCAAAUGCCAAAAUGUCCUUCACCAAGCAGUUUUGGAACAUAGAUUGAAUGUGAUAAAAUAUGUUUUGAAGCAUCCCCAAGCAGACAACCUUAUUGAAGAGAAAGACGAAGAUGGGAACACACCGUUUGACUUGCUUUCCGUUUCUAGUUGCAACCCUUUGAAACGUGUUGCUAUGCAAGGUCUUAUGUGGAAGCAUUUGGUCUUUAAUAAACAACAACAAACUUCUUUUGCCAUGACCGCCUUGGAAAACAGAAAGUGGGCAUUUUCUAAGUAUUUCUUAGGCUGGAAACUUGUUAGGAAGGGUGGUAAAACUGGUGGCGGAGGCCGAGGUGAUCUCACAGAAAAACCAAAAGAUGAUGAUGAGAGGAAAAUUAAAGAUGCAAAAGAAGCAAAGGAUAUUACUCUCAUGCUAGAAACAAGUAAAGCAAACAUAAUCGUGGCUACAUUGUUAUUAACGGUAACCUUCGCGGCCGGUUUUGCAGUCCCAGGAGGAUUCGACAGCAAUUCUGGGAAAACACAAGGAAUGCCAAUACUUGCACAGAAUACAGCAUUUAAGAUAUUUGUUGUUGCGAAUGCUUUUGCUUUCAUUUUCUCUAUUUUGUCAUUAUGGCUCCAUAAUGCGAUUGUUGCAGAAGCUCAUCAUCUGCCCCAAACUACUUCUUUAUCAAGUAACUUUAUGAUCUUAGCGCGCACAUGAUCUUUAGCGCUACCUUUACUGCCGUCUUGGCAUUCUGCAGUGGGAUGUACGCCAUCUUAGCAACUUUACGUAUUGUCUCCUAUAUUGUUGUAGCCUUGGGCGGGUGGAGCUAUAUCCUCAUCUUUCUUCUGGGAGUUAGAGGUCAAC